AACCCGGAACUCACUAGAGAAGAAGAAACAGCCUUAGCACGUUUUCGCACAGGUGCUUCGCAUCGCUAUGGCUGGUUGCUGCGAAAGAUACAAACCCAUAUUCCCUCUGGUUGUCGAUGGUGCAAUCCCCAACAAAUCAAUAUGCUAGCACCCGUUAUUCCACCUGGCCAAAAAAGACCGCUCUAUGCACUAAACAAAGCAACGGAACCUGCCUCCUGCACUGAAUGCGGGGCGCAAUACUCAUGCAGGAACACCGCAGUAGUACAUAUGGUCAGUAAACACAUGGGUUCAAGAGGGCCGAUGCGUUCUGGAAGAUCAAAUUCCCCCAUGAGCCACCUCCGCCGGACAUCCCGCCAGAACCUCCGCCACUCCCACAACAUUACCCCACCUCCGGCCACAACGUUACCCCGCCCCACUUCGCCUAAAGCAAAACCUCAUCCGUUUGCCUGCAGUAUGUGUGCCCGAACAUUUCCGCUUCAAAAUGGAUUAACACGCCACCUUAGAUACAUGCACAACGUCACAUACCCUGUCCCAGAGAGAAAACGCCCGCGAGCCAACGAAUCAAUACCACCAGAAGGAUCAGCAUUUCCCUGUGACAAAUGUGAUAUGAUAGCGCGCUCUAAAACAGGUCUCAAACCUCAUAUUAGAGCACGGCAUCCUGAGGACCCCAAAAAAGGCGCACCUCGCCCUCAGCUCAUCCCACAGCCUGCUUCACUAUGCUGCGAAUUUUGUCUACGCGACUUGGCAACAUUGGAGCGCUCGCCUGCCACAAAAAGUUUAAACAUCCACCUGGAACCCCAAUUCUGCCAGCAACAAUACAAGUAG